AUGAGUACAAACAAAGAUAAUAAGGACAAUAAUGAUAGCAAAGAGAAUAAGGAAAGUAGCAGUGGCGGAAAAAAGGUUGGAAAAGGUAGCACUCCAAAUAAAAAUAGCAAUUGGAAAAUAAAAGAAAGUUCAUGGGGUAAUGAAGACAAAAAUACAAUUAAAAAGGGGAAUGAUAAUAAUGGUAAAGAUAAAAAUGUUAUAAAAAAAAAUGAGAAUAAAAAGGAUAACAAAAACAGCACCAACCACAACAACAAUGGGGAUAAUUUAGCUAACAGUAUUGAUAAAUUAAAAAAUGAAGAAAAUAAAGAAGAUAUAAAUGAUGAAAUAUUUGAUGGAAAUCAAAAAGAUAGUAAAGAUGAAAAAAGAAAAAAGAAAAAAAAUAAGGCCAAUGCAAAUAUUGAAAAUGGAGAAAAUAAUAGCGGAAAGGGUAAAGGAAAAGAAGAUAUGAAUACUGAAAAUUAUUUCGAAAAGGAUAAUGAUAAUAAUACCAUGAACAUGAAAAAUAAUAAUAAUAAAAAUUCAAAUACUCAUGGUAAAGCAUCCAAAGAAAAUAAGCACGCAACAAAAAACGAAAAAAAUGAAUAUGGGCACUAUAACAAUUAUAGUGGAGAUAAUGAUUGGAGAGCUAAUAAUAACUAUGAUGGAAAUAAUAAAAAUAAUUCAUAUAACUAUAAAAAUAAUAACAAUGUGACCAAUGCAAAUAGUAAUACUAAAGAUAAAAAUAGUGAAUAUAACGACGGUGGUGCCAAUAAUAACGCACCUAUGAAAGAUUUUAAUAAAAAGAAAGGUUAUAAUAAGCAUGAAAAUAACAAUGCAAAUGGAAAUGUGAAUAAUUUUCCAAACAAAAAUAGUUACAAAUAUGAUUAUAAUAAUAAUUUCGGAAAUAAUAAUCCAAGCAAUAAUAACAAUAAUAAUAAAAAUUACAAUAUUAAAGGAAACAAAAAUUAUAAAAUUAACAAUGCAAUAAAUAAUAAUAACCCUAUGCCUUACAUUGAUUAUCCUCAUAAUGAAAAUGGCGCAAAUCCAGUAAACAAUAUGUUUGUUUAUAAUAAUGGCAAUAUGCUUAAUCCUGCUAAUAAUGGUGUUAUAAAUGGAAGCAUUAAUAAUAGCGGAAAUAAUAACAAUUAUAUAGGAAAUGGUUAUUUAUAUAAUUAUGCUUAUAACAGUUUCUUUGAUGAAAAUGAGGGUAAAAAUAUGGAUUUAGCCCUCAAUUAUUAUUCUGCAAAAUUUAAUGGAACUGGGCCAGAUGGAUAUAAUGCUAAUAAUAACCCUAACAAUAAUAAUAGAAAUAAUAAUAGCAAUGGUAACGAAGCAAACGCUAUAGAUGCUCGAUUUAAUUAUAAUAAAUUGAUGGGGGAUAUAUAUAAUUACUUGCCUAUGAAUUAUUAUUAUUACAAUUUAAAUAAUAUGUAUUUCAAUAACCCCAACCAUAAUAAUUAUAACAAUUUUCAUUCUAUGUAUCAUGAUAAUAUGAAAAACCGAAAAAAUAAAAAAUUUUUAUAUGAUAAAAAUAAAAAAAAGAAUUACAAGAAUUUAAAUGCAUCGAAUAUUUAUAAUGAAAUGAAAAAUCGAGUUAUUGAAAUUUUUAAAAGAGAAAAUAUUAUGUCUGACGACUAUUUGUUAUAUUAUAUGUAUAAUAAUAUCAAAUUAAAUAUUGACGUAAUUGCUAAGCACCCAUAUAUAGCCCCUUUAGUUACCAUAGGUGGAGGGGGAGCUCCCGCUACUCCUGCAAAUAACGGUAAUACAAACCCUACUCCUAAUGACAAUAAUAACAAUAAUAAUAUGGCAAUAUUAGCUAAUGUUUUGAACGAUUUAAAGUGUAUUAAUGUUGAUAAAAGAGAUGAUAACAUGGAUGAUGAAACUAAAAAUGGUAUUUCCGAAUCUGGCAAUAAUGGUGGUAUAGAUAUAAUCGAGGAUUCAGAUAAUAUUAUAAAAAAUGGCACUCCAGAAGAUGUUCUAACACCACAAUAUACGGAGGAUGGUGAUAAUGCUUCGAAAAAUAAAUCCGAAAAUAAUGAAGCCUCAGGGGAAGUUGAAAAAGGGGAAACUUCGGGCACUACUGAUAAAUUGGCAAAGGAAAACGAAGCAUCAAAAGCAGGAACUUCCGACGAUGUUGAUGCUAUAAAACGUGAGGAUUUUGUAAAUGAAAAUAAAGAUGAAGAAAAAAGUGGAGAUAAAAAUAACGAAAAUGAUGCUAAGGCAGAAGAAAAUGGCGAAAAAGAUGAGAAAUUAGAGAAUUCAAUCGAUGGGGCUGAUGACGAAAAAACAGAAAAGAAUAAAAUGACAAAAAAAAAUGAAGACGAAAAAAAUGCAGAAAAAUUACCAUUUGAAGAAGAUAAUAAAAACUUUUUAUUAAAUUUGAACAAUAAAAGAAAUGUAAUAAUAGUAAGAGAUAUAAAUUCACAUUAUAUUAAUGUAAUAAAAAGUAUCGUUUUAAGUACCCCUAAUAUUCAACCUAAUGAUGUAUUAAACAUUCGAAACGAUGUUAAUAAUACUAUAUUUAUUACUUUGAGAGAUGAAAAAAAAACAGAAGCAUUAGCACAAUAUUUAAAAACAAAAUCAGUAAAUGACAAAAAAUUAAAUGUAAGAAUUAAAACAACACAAAAAAUUCAAAACAUUAUUGAAAAUAAUAUUUUUAAAGCAUCAAAUGCAAAUAAUAAUUCUCAAGAAAAUAAUAAUACCACUGGAAAUGCAAAUAAUAAUGUUGAUAGUAGUAGUACUACUACUGUUGCAGGCAGUAGCGUUAAUCAGGGUACUUCAAUAGUCGGAACAAAUUCUCAAACCCUUAUUGGAGGACUUCCAAAUUCUUCUAAUCCACCUGCAAUGCCAAUCGGACCUCCAAAACAUUUUUAUAAUUACAAUAAUUUAUAUUAUAUACCUAAUGGGCUAAAUGGUUAUGAUAAUAAUAUGUAUGGGCAUCAUGGAGGAAAUAAUCCAAACCCUCAUUUCGAUGCAUACUUUAAUUAUUACAAUUAUAACGUUAACAAUUCAUCUCAUAACUUAUUUCCAAAUAUGAAUAUAUGUGAUCCAUAUAACGCAUAUAAUAUGUAUAACGAUAUGUAUGGCCAAGGAAAUGAUAUGAAAGGAAACAAGCAUAUGCAUAAUAAUCAUAAAGGUAUGAAGUAUAUAAGAGGAAUGGAUGCUGCUAAUAAUAACAUGAUGAGAAUGCCGGGAAAUUAUAAUGGGAUAGAUGGUGAAAAUUAUUAUAAUAAUAUGUAUAAUAAUAAUAUGAUGCCAGGGGGUGUAAAUAAUGUAAAUUAUCCUAAUGCUCAUAUGGAUAGUGGAAAUAACAAUAAGAAAAAUGAGAAAUAUAAUGAAGAUUCGAGAAAGUUUUAUGGUGAUAAUGAUAAAAAUAAUAAUGCAGCAAGAGGAGGUAAAAACCCAAAAGAUAAUCCAAAUGAUGGUAAUAAUAGUGGAAGAAAAAAUAAUCGAAACAAUAAUGCAAAAAAUAAUUCAAAAAAUAAUAGAAACAGAAGUAGAAGUAGUAGUAAUUGCAAUAACAACAUGAAUGGAAAUAAUAAUAAUAACAAUAAUAGUAAUAAUGGAAGUGGUAAUACUGGAAAUAGUGGUAAUAGUGGAAAUACUGGAACUAAUAAUAAUAGCGGAAACAACAACACCAAUAGUAGUAGUAAUAAUAAUAAUAAUAGUAACAACAACGGAAAUGAUAAUAAGAGCAUGAUGAAAGUAAAUGAUUAUGGAAAAAAUUUUAAAUCCAAUAAAAAUAAUAAAAAAGAGUCACAACAUGGUAUGAAAUAUGAAAAUGCAGGCUCAAAAAAUGAUGGUAAAACAUUUGAAAGAAAAAAAGGGAAAGGAUAUUUUAACAAAAAAAAUACCAAUGGUGUUAGCAGCAAUAAUAAUAAAACUGUAGAAAAAAAUGCAUCAAAUGGUGGAAACGGAGAAGGAGAUGAAGAAUUAGAAAAAAAAAAAAAAAAAAAAAAUGAAAUUAAAAAAAAAGCCGACAUCGCUGAAAAUGAAGAUUCAAAUGAUUCAAUAAAAAUUGGUCAUGAAAAAAAAAAAAAACCAUUAAAGAAAGAUAAUGAUAAAAAUAACCAAAUAGAUGGUGAGCAAAAUGGUAUUAAUGAAGAUGAGCAUGAUGAAGACAGAAAAAAUAAUAAAAAGGAAUGGAAAAACAAAGAUAGCAAUAAUGCCAAUUCAUUAGGCACAGACUCCAAAGAUCAGACAAAAUAUAAUGCUAGAAAUAAUGCUAGUCGAAAAUUUUUCAGUAAUAAAUUUUUUUCAUUCAAAGAUAAAAAUGCAGUUAACCACGAUGAAAAAAAAGCGGAGAAAAAUAAAAACAAAAAUGAAGAUAGUACUAACACAACUAACAAUAAUAAUUCAGCUAAUCAAGUUAUUGGAUCAAACAAUGGUGUUCCAGGGGUUACCAUUAAUCAUAAUAAUGCUUAUGGGAAUCCACAAUUUUUAAAAAAAUACUCAUAUGCUGAUAUAAUGGAUUCAUGUAAAAAAUUAACAAACAAAGAUGCACCUCCUGAAUGCAUUGACAAAUUAAUGAAAGAAAAUGUUUCUCUUUUUAGAAAAGGGGACGAUCAAUUUUGUUGGAAGCUAAACGUUUUCUAA